CACCACCAGUGCACGUGUCACUCUUUUGCUCUGCUCUAUCUCACGGACUCUGCUCUCUAACAAUCUCCAGCUGGUUCUCCUCCCCAAAAGCCUCAAACCCCAUUGUCUCUACUGCUACUAGUCCUCGAGGUUAAGCAGCUCGCGCGCAGGGAUGGAGACGCAGAGCGCGAAGAAGGCGAGGACGCCGCCGCCAAAUGUGCCCCAAGAAGAAGAAUCCACCAAUGCUUCCAACAUGCCUCGAGGAGGAACAAGCCAAGAAUACACCGUGGAGGCGGACGGAUUGGGAUGCGAGAUCUGCUUCGAACCUUUUGACGACCAGAUCUUCAUGUGCAAGAAUGGGCAUCCUGCAUGCGGAACCUGCUGCAUCCGCAUGGACCGGCUCUGCUUCUGCACCGACCCCAUCGGCGACAUCCGGUGCCGGCCGCUGGAGAAGAUCCUGGCGGCCAUGACCAGGCCCUGCGCCUAUGUGACCUACGGCUGCAAGGAGAUCGUCAGCUACUCCGGGAGGAGGAGCCACGAGAAGGUGUGCCCGUUCGCGCCGUACCACUGCCCGUUCGACGGCUGCACCUACCAAGGCCUGGAGGUGUACACCCACAUACGCGACCGCCACGCCCCGUCCGCCGUGAUCGUGCGCGGCGGCAGCCAGCGCUUGGACGUCACGCUGGAGAAGAAGACGCCCUUCCGCGUGCUCCUGCACCGCGAUGGGGCCAGCGUCUUCCUCCUGCUUAACGGCGGCGACGUCCUGUGCGGGCGCUCGCUGUCGCUCGUCUGCAUGGGACCUCGCCCCACGGGGAACGCCGGCGUGAAGUACAAGAUGGAGGUGAAGAGGCGGAGCGACCCGGACGCGCCCGUGCUGUGGAGCUCCGGGGCCGCGCCCUUCGUCCGGCGGCUGAAGGAUUUCCAUGCCAAAGGGUUCCUGUUCGUCCCAGACUCCUACUGGGACUCCUACGACAGCGUCUCGGUCACGGUGCAUCUCACCGACGGCUGGUGAUAGAGCUCCAUGGGUGACGCUGCACACCGGUUGGUUUCGUUGAUGGCUAGUUAGCUAGUAUGUUGUGUUCCGGUCAAGAACGGUGGAGCAGUUCUCAGUUACUUUUGCCGUCUAGUCUAGGACUUGCCCACUUAGCUUGUGCUAGCGAUCUGCACGUCUGUGUGAUGUUAGUUCCAUGUUCUGUAUGGUAUGUGACCUGAAGUUGAUCGUAGUAUCUAUGUUGGUGUGUUAA